ACGAGAUGCUAUAAGUAGCAUUCGGCGCGCAUCACCCUCGCAUUCUUCGCUUCCUCCAGCAUCAAAGCCGUAGCAAGAGUCUCGCGUCUGCCCGCUCAGUGCGCAUGACCAUUGCGAGUAUUUGUGCGCAACAGCAAUCACUCUCUUGAGCUUGCGCCUCCCGAAGCUGCUUCUUUGCUCUCGUCUCGGAGCCACCGCUCGAUUGUCGUCAUCCCGAGCGGUCGAACCAAGCCCCCUCGGCCGUUGGACGCCACCACUGCCCUGCUGAAUAAACUGCCUUUCGAAAAUCUUUCGCUCAGCUAAUUAAAGCGCCGGAUCUCGAACGACGAGUGACGGUGACGAAUUCGAUCUGAGAGCUUGCCAUCUCUCGAUACGCAAUCAAGCACAAUGCCCGCUGCUGUUGGUGCCGACGGAGCGGCCAGCCCCGGCCGUCUCCUCCUCCUCUCUAACCGACUUCCCAUCACCAUCAAGCGCUCCGACGAUGGAAGCUACAGCUUCUCCAUGUCGUCUGGUGGCCUUGUCACCGGCCUCAGCGGCCUCAGCAAAACGACCAGCUUCCAGUGGUAUGGCUGGCCGGGUCUUGAGGUCCCAGAAAAUGAGGUCGAAGGCAUGAAGCGCCGUCUAAAGGACGAGUACGGCGCUCAUCCCGUCUUCAUCGACGACGAACUUGCCGACAGACAUUAUAACGGCUUUGCUAACUCUAUCCUGUGGCCCCUCUUCCACUACCACCCCGGCGAGAUUACCUUUGACGAGUCGGCGUGGAGCGCAUAUCAAGAAGUCAACCGUCUCUUCGCGAGGACAGUCAUCAAGGAUGUGCAGGACGGCGACCUUAUUUGGGUCCACGACUACCACCUGAUGCUCCUGCCUCAGAUGCUCCGAGAAGAGAUCGGCGACACAAAGAAGGAUGUCAAGAUUGGCUUCUUCCUGCACACGCCUUUCCCCAGCAGCGAAAUCUAUCGAAUUCUGCCUGUGCGAGAGGCUCUGCUCACCGGUCUCCUCGACUGCGACCUGAUUGGCUUCCACACCUACGACUAUGCCCGCCAUUUCCUCAGCAGCUGCUCCCGAAUUCUUGAUACCCCAACUACUCCCAAUGGUGUAGAUUGGAACGGCCGCUUUGUUACUGUCGGAGCUUUCCCCAUCGGCAUCGACCCCGAGAAAUUCGUCGAGGGCCUUCAGAGACCCAAAGUCCAAGAGCGCAUCUCUGCCCUCAGCCGUAAGUUUGAGGGCGUCAAGCUGAUUGUUGGCGUCGAUCGACUGGAUUAUAUCAAGGGUGUGCCUCAAAAACUACAUGCUCUCGAAGUCUUCUUGACAGAGCACCCUGAAUGGAUUGGCAAAAUCGUGCUCGUCCAAGUUGCCGUUCCAUCUCGACAAGAUGUCGAGGAAUAUCAAAACCUUCGAGCUGUUGUCAACGAACUCGUUGGCCGUAUCAACGGCAAGUUCGGCACCAUCGAGUUCAUGCCCAUCCACUUCCUCCACCAGUCUGUUUCCUUUGAAGAGCUCACAGCGCUGUACGCCGUCUCGGACGUGUGUUUAGUCUCGUCUACGCGCGACGGAAUGAACCUGGUCUCUUACGAGUACAUUGCCACCCAGCGUGACAACCAUGGCGUCAUGAUUCUCAGCGAGUUCACCGGCGCCGCCCAGUCCCUCAACGGCAGUCUCAUUGUCAACCCCUGGAACACUGAGGAGCUCGCCAACGCCAUCCACGACGCUGUCACCAUGAGCCCCGAGCAGCGUGAGGCAAACUACCGUAAGCUCGAGCGCUACGUGUUCAAGUAUACGAGCGCCUGGUGGGGAGCCAGCUUUGUAGCUGAGAUGACGCGACUGUCUGCCGAGAAUACGCAGUCCAAGACGCUACGCAACAUCUCUGGUGCGGUCGUGGGCCUUGGCCAAAAGGUGCAGCAGAUUGCUGAAGAGGCCAAAGACCGGAUAAUAGGCAGCGAACAGCCUUCUUCUGGAGCGCCAGAGACGUCUGAAUAGUUGGACUAGCUGCUUUCUUUACUUUAUUUUUUUUUUUUUGCAUCUUUUUUUUUUCCGAUUGCUGGUCAUUGGUAGCCUACAGGGUUUU